AUGUCUUAGACUUCAGAUAAGAGAUUGUGUAAAGUUCAUAAUUAAUAAAUUAUUGCCACUAAUCUUAAAGAAAUCUGUGAUGAAGAUAGUAGACAUUUAUGUGGGUAAUGUUUAACACUAAAAACUAUGGAAUAAACUAUACAUAUUAAUGAGGAGGCUUAGAACUACUUAAAUGAAAUUAAAGCAGGUUAUUAUUAAUAAAAGAGUAAAAAUAUUGAUUAAGCUUAAAAUGUACUAAGUUAACUCUAAAAUUGCAUUGAUGAGUUAAAAAGAAAUUUGGUGUAAAUUUGUGAAAAAGUCUCUUAAUAAAUUACUCAAGAGAUUGAGAGAUUAUCUAAUCUUUUGGAAAAUUUGGAUUAGACUAUCUAAUCAAUAGAUGUUUAUAAUUUUAAUGAAUUAUUUAAAAAACUAUAAAAUGAAGAUAUAGAAAAUUCACAAUUUUCAUUUAGAAAUAUUUUAUAAUCUUAGAUAUCACAAAUAUAACAUAACCAAAAAAUUGAAGAAUUCCUUCAAUAACUUAAUUCUAUUGAAUUUUAAACAAGUCAGUUGGAAAUAUAUUAAACUGAAUAAUUAUAAUAAUAUUCAGAAGAAAAAUAAAUUGUAAAUAUUUAUAGUUUUAAUUUAUAGGACACUCCAGGAUUAAAAUUAAAUUGUUAAAGUCACAAUAAAGAAAUAAUAGCCUUUGAUUUAGAUCCUGAGAGAGCUAAGGAAAAUAGAUUAGCUUGUAUUUAUUGUAUUGAAGAAAAUUCUAUAAAAUAUUGUUCAUUGACAAAGGUUUAGAAACAAUGGAAUUAAUUGGAAGAAACAAAGAAAAAGAAAUUGGAAAAAUUGCAUCAAAAGAGUUAUGAGAAUGAGUAGGUUAUAUUGUAAUAAUUAAAUUCAUUAACAGAAGUAUUUUAAGAGAAAAAAAAUGAAAUAAUGUAAUAUCUCAAAGACCAUAAUGAAGUUUUAAAUCAUACAAUUAAUACAACAUUUUAAGGAAUGAAUUAAAAUUGGCAAAAUUAUUCAAAGAAAACUCUACUUGAUAUAGUUGAAACAUUAUCUAAAAUUUAAUAAAAUGAUUAGAUUUGCUUUAAAUAAGAAAAUUAAAUAUUGGAAUAAGAGACACUAUUAAAUAAAAAUAUAUAUAAUUCUCUUUAAAAAAUAAAAGAAACUUGUUAAACAUCAUUAUAAAAGAUAUUAGAUAAGAUUUGUUAUGAUUAUGAAUAAUUCUGUUUUAUUCCUGUGAAAUAAUAAAAUAAAGAACUUAAAUUGAAAUAAAAAGAGAUUGAAUUAAAUUUAUAGAUUCAAUAAGAUAAGAAAUAAUAAAAUAUAAAAUAAACUUAAACAGAUAUGGGAUAGUAAUCUUAAGGGAAAAUUAAUUAUUUAAUGUUAUAAAAUCAUGCAAUAAGACAAGUUGAUAAUUUUAGAACAUUAAACUUUACAAAAGAGAAUGAUAUACUUAUAGCAGGAUGUAAUAAAUAAAUAUAAAUAUAUAAAUUUUGUUGGGGGUAAUUGGAACUUAUUUAAUAGAUAGAUAAACAUGAUUAGAAUAUUUGUUCAAUUUAUGUUAUGAAGAAAAGUAAAUCCUUUAUUUCUGGAGAUUUUAAUGGAAAGAUUAUCUUUUGGAUAUAUGAAGAUAAUAAAUGGAAAUUUACAACAGAAAUUAAGGAACAUACAGAUUAUGUUAAUUAGAUAUUGUUGAAUAAAGAUGAAAAUGAAAUGAUAACAUGUAGUGAUGAUAAGAGUAUAAAAUUUUAUUCAAAAGAAUAAUAAUGGAAAUGUAUUUAGACUAUAAAGAAUCAUCAAAGUAAUGUUCAUGCAAUAUCAUUAAAUACAUCAGAAAAUACUUUGAUUUCAUGUGGAUUUGAUAAUUAGAUUUUAGUAAUUGUAAAAGAUUUUCUUUCAAGAGAAUGGUAAGUAAAAUAAACAAUUAAGAAUGAAAUUUAUGGCUAUAGGAUUUGUUUCAUUAAAAAUAAUCAUUUCUUUUUUCAACCUUAAGGACAAUAGAAAAUGUGGUUAUAUAAAAAAUCUAGUCAGAAUGGUGAGUUUGAGAAGACUAAAGAAUUUGAUGUGAAUAAGAUAUAUAGCAGUUGUAGUAGAUGGUUUUAAAUGGAAUAUAAAGAAUAGAAUUAAUUGUUAUUAUGUAAGAAUGGAAAUUGUGUUAAUUUAUUUAAAGUUUUGGAUGAUUAUUCAUUAAAAGCUGAAUAAACCAUUACAUUUGAAACUUAAGGCAUAUUUGGAGCAAUUACUAGUGAUUCCCUAUAUCUAAUAUUAUGGGAUGAUAAAUCUAAGUAAUUUUAGAUUAGAAAAUAAUAUGAUGAAUGA